UCAACAGCAUAAUUGCCAUUUACACCUUUUUGUUAAUGGAUUAAACAUUCCCUAUAUAAUCUACAUUGUCUGCAAAAUCUAAAAUCCUUCAUUGUUUAACUUGUCUAUAUAAUCCCUCUAUGUUUAACUUGUCUAUAAAGUCAGUCUGUAAAGUAUACCGACACACUUUUAUCAAUUUACAAAGUCUUGUAUUUCACAUUUAUAUCAGAGUGUGGCAUUUACUUAGUGUUAUUGAUUUAUAAGAUUUGCGUUAAUUUCAAUAUUUAUAUAAGAAUGAUCUGUUCCCGUUAGGCUCAUGUGUUUAGAUAAAAUGCUUGUUAUAUUGCAUUAAUAUUUUAUUUUAUGUGUGUACUUAUAUCGUUAUCAAAUAUUUUAAAUGGAUCGCAAUUGUUAGCAUUCAAAUCAAAAGUUAACCGAGCUGAGGACAGAAAACACUUAUCAAACAUGAUACUCAUCAUUACCUUUGUUUUAAAUUUUUCCAUGUGCAUCAAAUGUCUUUUUUUUGCUUUUCAGACAAACGGGUUUUUUAUUGAAUCUGGGGCCUUUGAUGGAGAAUACUUGUCAAACAGUUUGUUUUUUGAACGUUUUCGAAAUUGGACAGGACUUCUUGUUGAACCUAAUCCAUUUCAAUUCAAGAGGUUGAUGAAUAAAAAUAGGAAAGCAUACGCUAUCAAUGCAUGCCUUUCAGAGAAAAACUAUUCUUCUGUUGAAACAUUCAACGUUGGAAAUAAGGACUAUCUCGGGGGGAGUGUUGUUCAAAAAGAAACACACAAGCCUCUUCCCAAGCAUAUCCGAGUAAAGUGCCAUCCCCUAAUCUUAAUAUUGCAGGCAAUAGACCGCUUUGAAAUAGAUUAUUUUAGCUUAGACAUAGAAGGUGCCGAACAUGGGGUUCUAAGUUUAUUGCCUUGGGAAAGAAUAAAAGUCAAGAUAUUUUCAAUAGAACACAAUAAGUGGCCUGGUGGUAAAUUGAACCUUCUAAAAUUCAUGGAAAAACGAGGAUACAAACUUUUAACUGAAAUAAAACAUGUAGGUGUUGCUCCAGAUUAUAUAUUUAAGAAAACAUCAGAUAAUUUACUAUAAUUGUUUAACACAUGCCACAUAAAU